CUCACGCGCCCUGAUCGGGGGCACCCUAACCAACAAGUGGUUUUGGUCCCCCGUCGCCAGCGCACACAUAAAAGGAUGGGGAGCAGCCGACACCUACGUUAGACGAGUUCUCGUAAGGUUUACUCCUGCUCCCCACAUCCCAAAACCCUAACCGAUCUGGGGGAGUGCUGCACGACGGGAAGAUCAUCUCCUAUCACUGCCCCUGUUCCAGGGCAGUGCCGGUGGCGCCCGGGGGGACGCCGCUACCCGCUGCGAACAUCUACCCCAAGCCUGCAUCACGCCUGCAUCGAGCAGGCAUGGGACUUCGCAUCGCCUACACCAAUGGCUUCUUCCAUUGGUGCUUCCGGUCCUCGUGGUCUCGAGAAUAUCGAACCACUCACGGGAAACAACUUCCAAACUUGGAAGGACUCGUUGCUUUUGCAUUUGGGUUGGCAUGAGGUUGACCUUGCACUAAUGGAAAGUAAACCAGUGGAACCUAAAAAGGAUGCCACUGGGUAUGCUGAGCUUAAGAAAGCCUACGACACUAAAGUUGAGAAGUGGGAGAGGUCCAAUAGAAUGGCACUCCUAAUUAUGAACUUCUCCAUCUCCACUGAGAUUAAAGGGGCUAUUCCCCCUAAUGAAAGUGCUGCCGAAUAUUUGAAAUCGGUGGAAGAACAAUUUAAAGGCUCAGAGAAAGUGUAUGCAGAUGAGCUUUUACACAAGCUGCUUGCAAAAUAUGAAGGAAAUGGAAAUGUGAGGGAGCACAUUUUGAGCAUGAGCAAUGCCGCGGCAAAGCUUAAAACCAUGAAGUGUGAAUUAAGCGAAGAGCUUCUUGUGCUCUAGUUUUUAGGUCACUACCCUCACAGUUCAAUCCAUUCAAGAUAAACUAUAAUUCUCUUGAAAUCAAAUGGAAACUACCUGAACUCAUUGCACAUUGCGUUCAGGAGGAAGAGAGAAUUAAGAGUGAACAGAAAGAUCAAGCUUUCCAUGUUAGUUCUGGGAAAAGGAAGCAUGAGAACCAUGCUCAUAACAAUAAUGUGCCCAACAAAAAGCAGUUUUUCAAAAAGAAUCCUCAAAGGCCUAAGCAAUGCAACGAGGCAAGUUGUUCACGUUCCGCUCCUCCAACGGCUAUUCCAGUUAAUCUUACAAAUGCCGCUGGAGAAAGACUUUGCAAUUUUUGCAAGCUGCCAAAUCAUGUCAAGGCGGAUUGUCCAGGUUUUCUUAAGUGGCUGAAUAAAAGGGGGAUUCCAUAUAAGCCACACCCUAAAGGGAACAAGAAAACUUAAUGUCGCGAAUGGGAAGGAGGCUGAAGUUGAAGCCGUGGGCUCCCUCACCUUGAAGUUGCACACUGGUUUCCUACUUCAGCUCAAGGACGUUCUUUAUGUGCCUACUUUGAGUAGGAAUUUGAUUUAAGUUUCAUGUUUAGAUGAUUUUGGUUUUCAUUGUACCUUCGGGGAGAAACAAUGUUUUUUAAAGUAUUGUAAUAAGGAUGUUGGUCUCGCCGUCCGACGAGGCAAACUUUAUAUGUUAAAUCUUUCCGGUUAUCCUAUGUGUGUGAAUCUCUGCGAAAUGAAUAUGAAUGAACGCCAUCAUAAAAAGAA